AUGGAUGAAGUAACUAUAAAGCCAGGGAGCCUGGAGCUGCGGGAGCUGUUCGCCGAGUGCAUCAGGCGGCCCGAGGAAGAGGGGCGGGUGGAGGCCCUGAAGGCGCUGUUUCGGGAGUCGGAGACGAACGAAGGAGACAAGAAGUCGAUACUCGAGCAAGCGUUUCGUGACGUCCUCGGAGGAAUAGUUUCCCCCGCGGACGGCGCGGAUCUGGAGGUGGCCCGCUGCACCGGUCUGGUACUGCUAGCCAUCAGCUCCGCGCAGGAAGGCGUCUGCCACUACACUCUCCCGUUCAUAAUCCUCAGCGACGUGCUGGAGUGUCUUACGCUGGACAUGUGCGAGACGGUGUUUAAGUUCGUGGAGGACCGCGUGUCCACGUGGAUACAGCCCGAGUUCUACUCCUCAGGCAAGAACCUCCUCCUGCGCAUGUCCAAUGACCUCCUGCGACGGCUCUCAUCCUCGCAGAACACCAUAUUCUGCGGCCGAAUCCAGCUCUUUCUGGCACGACUUUUCCCGCUCUCGGAGAAAUCGGCCCUGAACCUCAUGAGCCACUUCAACCUGGACAACGUCACCACCUACAACAAGGAGGCGGGGCAGGGCGUGGUCAUGGAGGACACGCCCGGCGGGGAGGACGAGGGAGAGGUGAUGGAAGUCGACGCGCAAUCGGACGAUUCUUCUCUCCCCGUGGACUUUAACCUCUACCACAAGCUAUGGGCACUACAAGAGAUCUUUUGCCAGCCGACGCAGUGCUACACCCCCGAGCAAUGGAAAGUCCUCACGGUAAACGUGGAAGAAGUCCUGCGAACCUUCUCCAGCUUCAAACUGGAAGACGUGCAGAGCUCUCGCCGAAAGAACCAGAGACCGGCGACCCUUGUGGGCUACUCUGAGUCCCACUAUUUCGCCAACUUCCUCACCAGCGAAAAGCUGAUGAACCUCCAGCUCCGCGACAGCCAUUUCCGUCGACACGUUCUCCUGCAGCUCCUGGUUCUCUUCCACUACCUCCUGGGAGACGUGAAAUUCAAGUCUUCGUCUCACACCCUCCAGGAGAGCCAGACGGUGUGGGUUAAAGAGGUGACAGAGAACGUGUACAAACUACUAGAGGAAACCCCACCGCAGGGAGCAGAAUUUACUGACUAUGUCCGCCACAUCUUGAUGAGGGAGAAACACUGGGUGGCCUGGAAAAAUGACGGGUGUCUCUCCUACGAGAAACCGCCGCUGGCAACCUCACACGACUCAGCCCCUCCCCCCUACCCACCCAGGGAACACCUGGGGGAGACACACGCGAGUGCCAGCAGACAGAGACAUGAUCUCGGAAACGCUGAGCUGACUCGGCUGUGGAACCUCUGCCCGGACAACCUGGAGGCCUGCCGCAAGAAGUCUCGAAACUUCAUCCCAAAUCCCCAGAAGUUUAUCACCGAAUCGGUGGAGCAGGCCGAUCCUGGUGCCCAGAUCGAGCCGGAAUACAAGGUCAUCAACAACCCCAACUUUGCCUGGCAGGCUCUGCGGCUGUUGUCUCAGAGCAGCUCGCAUUUCUUCCAGAACACCACGGCACAAAUCAAGUCUCUACCGGAGUACCUGGAGCAUGUGGCAGUGCAAACUGGCAAAGAUCUGGCGAACCAAUAG